GAAACAGUGAUGUAGGUAGGUAGGCAGACAACGCUAUCGACAUUCGCAUAGAUGGGCUCUAGGACCGGGCAUCUAGGAUGUGGGAAGGCGCAUCCCUAGUAAGUUCAUAGCAUGUCUAAUCACAGUGGUGAGCUGGGCAAACAAUGACUCUGCAUAUCAUGGUACAGAAUGAGACAACCGAACCAGCUGCCGAUAAUAACAAGCUAACAGACGGGCCAUGACUGGGAAUGUUAACCGCUUUCAAAAAGUUACAAUAAUCCGUCAGUAGUCAUCCAGCCAGUGUGGCCAGCAUGAGUGGGAAGAGCCUGCUGCUGAAGGUCAUCUUGCUGGGAGAUGGGGGCGUGGGCAAAAGCUCUUUGAUGAACCGCUACGUGACCGACCGCUUUGACUCCCAGUCCUUCCACACCAUCGGUGUGGAGUUUCUAAACCGGGACCUGGAAGUGGAUGGACGGUUGGUGACGCUGCAGAUAUGGGACACGGCUGGCCAGGAGCGCUUCAAGAGCCUGCGCACGCCCUUCUACCGCGGCGCUGACUGCUGCCUGCUCACCUUCGCCGUGGACGACCUGCAGAGCUUCCAGAACCUGGGCUGCUGGAAGAAGGAGUUCAUGUACUACUCAGACGUACGCGACCCCGAGCGCUUCCCUUUCGUAGUGCUGGGGAACAAGGUGGACAAGGAUCAGGAGCGGGAGGUUGGGAGGGACGAGGCACGGGCGUGGUGCGAGGAGAACGGCUGCUACCCUUACUUUGAGACCAGCGCCAAGGACGACACCAACGUGGGCUCUGCCUUUGAGGCGGCUGUGCGUGAGGUCAUCAGAGGCGAGGACCAGAUGGACCAUGCCCUGCUCAGCACCACCAUCGACCUCCAUGGCAACCGUAAAGCCACCCGCUCUGGUUGCUGUUGAGUCGGCCCCACGCACUACUCCUCUGCCUCCCGGCCCUUGUGCUGUUCUUACCCGUCCUCACUCGGUUGUUCCUUGACUCCCUGGCUAGUGACGUUUCACAGGUACAGACUCAAGAAGCCAUUGAGUGGUUUUACUGCUAAUAAUAAUAACCGUGUAAUUGAGAUAUGGUACUAUUGUGGCACUAUGGCCUUAGAUGCUGUUUGAUUUACAGCAUUCAUUUGCUUCCUGGUACAAAACACAUUUCAGUUCUGUCUGUAAAAUAUAAGUGUCAGGAUGAGUGUAUUGGGGUUCCUGGGGAUGUAGAUGUUUUUGGCCCAGUUACCACAGAAUUGUGAUUGACUCCUGUCACCACACCUUGAAGUAUUUCCAAGAGCACAGCUUGCUGCACUACGGUUUCACAUAAUUAACUUGCAUAAUAUUUUGAGGUUAUAUUUGGUACUUGACAUGCAGUUCUCUCUCCCAGCAAUGUUACAGCUCAUAUUAUGGUACUAAUCAUGGCUGAGAAAGCAUACUGGGCAUACAACUACUUUUUAUUCAGUUCUGCAUCAAAGAAAGUCAGAAAACAAAUUUACUAAAUUAUUGUACAAGUAUAUAGUGUGUGGAUAUAAAAGGAAUUUAAGGUUGUUUUGGAAAGGAAGAUACAUUACGGUUUCUCUGUUACGUGGAUAUAUAAUAGGUCUGUGAGACUGGCUACAUGACGUUAGCCUUGUUUAUUUCAUCCUCAUCGUUACAGUGAUCCUAAAGCCUUUAUAUUACCGUUUACCUUUUUUAAUGGUUUGUUUUUGUUACUGACUGGACAAGUUGUUGUUUCCUGCUGUGUGCUGUGUGUGUGUAACGACUCAUAAAACCCGUGGAGUGCAGUGCACUUUGUCCCAUUAGAAGAUGACAAAAGUAGGGUGCAAUACACAAAAGCUGACAAGGUUAUCUCCUCGUUUUAUUGUGUGGGUUUUAGGGGGCUUUUUAAAUAGAUGAAAUACUGUGUCAAGAGUUUCUCAAAGGACACAAGCAGUGACUGGAAUUACAUGCAAAUCCUGUCUCCUAAGGAGAGGGUUUCACAGUUCCAAAAGUAUUAAUGACUGAGUCUUUGGUCCCUGUUACACUGAACCAUUUUAGUUAGUGGUUCCAGAAGCCAUGCUCUCAUUCACUGCUGCCUUGUGUCCUGACGAGGCAGUUUGAGAACAUUCUGGUCUCUGAAUUCAUAACGCAAAUGUACUCUGUACUUGUCACACUAAUCUGAAUGAAAACUAUGUGGAGCACAAGCCUGCGAUCUUUCCAUCUAAAGACUACCCCCGUUUUAUUUUGAUUGCCAUUUGGCAUUUCCUAAAAUUUCUGGAGAUCCAUGACCCAUGUUGUUUCGUUUCAAACCAAAAUUACAUCCGUCCUUUGCUGUCAAUGAAACACUUGUUUUCCAAGGCAUGUUCUCCACUUCACUGCUACAUAGUCUGGAAUAGAAUUCCACAAUUUAGAGUAAUUACAAUAAUGGAACUUUUUUUCCUGCAUCAUCUGACAUUUCUGAUUGAAGAACAGUUUUGUGGGCUGUGUUGCAAUGUAAACCAUUAUAACUUAAGCCGUGACGCCUAUACACUAUGGAUUGUGUUCAAACCAGCCUACAUCGGCAUGGCGACCCCAAAAAUGCUUUUGAUGUGGCUGCAUCAUGUACAUUUCUUUGAAAUUUUGUCUUGCUUAUCUUCCGAUCUGAAUCAUCAGUGUUGCAGGUAAACGGUACACUGUGAAGAGGAAACUGUAAAAACACUGUGUUACUGCCACUGAAAUAUUGUGGUACUCAAUUAAGCUUAUGGGAAACCAUUUAUUUGCAUUGGAGUUUCAAAACCCCACAUUACAGUAUUUAACAAUUCUGUGUGGUACACUCACAGUCUUUGGUACAACAGAAAAGCAGCUGUUAUCAGCGUGAAUGCAAAACCAAUCGGAUGAUCCGCUUUGAUGUUACUUGUCUUAUCUCACUGUUUUACAUGUUACAUUCCUGAGGGCUUGUUAAAUAAAUCCCUGUCGGGGAAUUCUGACUGUGUAUCAAACAUAUUGUUCAAAUAUUUGAACUCAGUGGGCAUCAAUUAAUAAACAAAGCUGAAGCCUGCCUUA